AUGGGCAAACUCGAAAAAACCCUGAUUUCAGCUUUGGUAAUCUACGUGACUCUUCUACUUCUCAUAGUCUGCGCCGCAGUGAAGGAAGCAAACGACUUCAGUUACUCUGCUGCUAUAAACACAGCAACGGAUAUUAAGUAUAAGAUCAUAGCUAUCUUCUCCACAUUGAUUGUCGGAGCGUUUGGUGUGUGCAUACCGAUCUUUGGCCUCGAUCCACAUGGAUCUUUUUUCUUAUUCGUUAGGAUAUUAUCUCCCACCGCAAUAUUUGUCACCUGUUUCAUCCUUCUUAACCAUCCCACAGAGAGCCUCACGAGUUAUGAACCACCUUGGGGUGAUUUUCCGAUGACUACAGCUGUAGCCACUGCUUCUUCCAUCUUAGCCAUGGUUGAAUUCUUCGCUUUAGCUUCUAUGAACAGCUCUCCCUCUGAAAAUUGGUGGUUUAAAGCCGUGGGGGGAGAUAAAGAGGAAGAAAAGAUUCAUGUUGAUAAUAGCUGCAAGAACCUUCCAUGUUCGUCAGGGAUUGUGGUUAACUCAGUCAUCUUAGGAAUAUCCUUAGGAACAACUUCAAGUGUUAGCUUAAUCAAGCCUCUUAUAGCUGCAACAACUUUGCAUCAGUUGUCCCAAGGAAUUUAUCUCGGUGGUCGCUUCUCCAAGACAAUGCUUGAAGUGAAGAAAACUUUGGUUAUGGUGAUGGUAUAUUCUCUCACAACACCUCUAGGAAUCGGGAUCGGUAUUGGAGUCGCCGAGAUUUACAAGGAGAAAAUCCCGGGCACGUUGAUGUUGUCCGGUUUUCUAAAAACUGCAGCCGCCGGAAUAUUGAACUACAUGGCCAUUGUUGUUGGUUAUAAUCACAAAGCUCAACGUAGUUUGAAGUUGUUAAUACCUUUUGCUUAUGUGUUCUGCUUGCUGCUGAAAUGUCUCUUUUAUCGUUGGGAUUAG